UCUCUCUCCUCUUUCUGUGUUCUCUUGUUCCUUCCUCCUCGAGUCCCAAACCUUCUUCUUCUUCCUCCUCCUCCUCCUCCUCCUCUGUUCCGUUCUGUUCUCUCUCUCUUGUUUUUCUCUAUCUGGACGGUUCUCCGGCGCAUCGACGUCUCGGAGUCUGUUUUCCGGCGAUACUAUUAAUGGAAGGGGUCGAGAGAGCCUAGGCAUCUCGGUUAUCGGAAAACCAUUUUUCGCUCUUUCUCAGAAUCAAUUCUUGCUUCGAAUCGUUCUAUUGAGCCGUUAUUCAGUUAUGUAUGUUUUGUUUCCGAUCUUGUUUUCUGCCUGAGAGCAAGCGGUUUCGUGAAUUUUUGUUCCGAGUGAACGUAGAGCUUCGAUCUUGAGCGAACAGUCUGAUGAGUCUCUGUUGUUUUUGCGGUUUGGAUCGUUUAAUUUUUGGGGAUUUUUUUCACGGUAAAGUCGGGAGAUAGAUUCAGAAAGAUGGAGAAUCGGAUUGGUGGUUGUAUACGUUGUUCGGAUCGAGUUUCGAGCUUGUGAUUGUUGAGAAUUGUUUGAUUUCAGAAGUGAGAGGAAGAGAAUCGAACAAGUUUUGGGAGCGAGCGAGCUUCUGAUUAACUCUACUUGGAAGCUUUGAGUUGUGCGUGUUGAAAGGAGGAAGCGAUUAGAAGGGAUGGUUUCUGCAGCUAGGGCUAUACAGGAUCAAAAUGGAGUCACUCAGAAUGAGGAGCAAUUUCAAUCUGAUCAAAUAUCAAUGGAUGUUGAUCCAAUUUGUGUGAAGGGUGCUCAGCUCAAGGAGCAAUUUCCUUCUGGGAAUGACUAUUCUCCAAAGGUGAGAAAACCGUACACAAUUACAAAACAGAGAGAAAGGUGGACGGAAGAAGAACAUAAGAAGUUCAUCGAGGCUUUGAAGCUAUAUGGCCGUGCUUGGCGGCGAAUAGAAGAGCAUGUGGGCACAAAAACUGCAGUUCAGAUUAGGAGCCAUGCUCAAAAAUUCUUUUCAAAGGUUGUUCGGGAGUCGAAUACCACUGAUGCAAUCUCUGUAAAACCUAUUGAGAUUCCUCCACCUCGUCCAAAGAGAAAACCUGUACACCCUUAUCCUCGUAAAUUGGUAGCUCCUCUUACAACUGGAACUGCGGAUGAGCAACUAAGGAGGUCCACAUCUCCAAAUUUGUCAGUUUCAGAACAUGAAAAUCAAUCUCCAACUUCAGUAUUUUCUGCAAUCGGUUCAGAAAUUCUGGGCACAACAGGUUCAAAUACACCAAAUGAUAGCCCAUCGCCAGUUUCAUCGGCCGCUGUCGCCAACAAUGGCAGCUUCUUACUUUCUGAACCCAAUUCAUCUCCAGAAGAAUCUGGAUCCCCAUUGGUGGUUCAGUUUCCUUCAAUUUCAGCCCCCGAUGUGCAAGUUCCCGUGAAGUUAGAGUUGUUUCCUCAAGACGGUGUUUUUGCUAAAGAAGGGCCAGCUGAGGCACCAUCUACUCAGAGUCUGAAGCUCUUUGGGAAGACUGUUUUAGUUACAGAUUCUCACAGACCAUCUUCACCAACCACGGGAACUUGCAAGUCAUCGCUUUCUGAUACAUUACCAUGGAAUUCAACACCCACAGAAUUUUCAUCGCAGAAUACAGAGGGUACAUGGAAUCCUCAAACAAGUGGAGCACCUACAGCUCUCUACUACAUGCAAUUUCCAAAUCAGAACCCAAAUCCAGCAGAAUUUGGUUCUGGUCAUUCUCUGCCAUUGUGGGCUUUCUAUGGAGGCAUACAAUUUCCUUGCUUUCCAUUGCAUAACCCAGUUCCAACAAAGGCAAAUCCAUCAUCCUUUAGUGGGCAAACCCAAGAGAGAGAAGUUCAAAAGGAAGGAUCUUGGACUGGUUCAAACACCGGAUCAGUAAAUGCUGGGGGAGAUGGUGAUAGAAAUUGGGAGGUUGAGACCCAAAGUCGCCAACUUUCUUUUGUCAAGGAGGAAAAUGAGAAUCAACCGAAGUUCUUGUGUAAACCUAAUGAAAAAGCAUUUUUCUCAGAACAAAGAGCUAGCCCUGACAAAUGUCCGAAAGGGUUUGUACCGUAUAAGAGAUGUUUAGCCGAGCGAGACUACCAGUUGUCGUCAAUAACUAGAGAGGAGAGGGAAGAACAACGAAUCCGCCUUUGCUUGUAGUGUUGUUCAACCUGAGAGAGCAGCUCCAUUACCGCAGUAGCAGCAAAAUUUUUGACAGAAGUUUGAGGAACUGAUUCAGGUACAGCAAUGACCCAACUUGUAGCAAUUUCACCUACUGGAUUACAACACGAAAGAGGGAAGGAUGGUGUAGCGGUUUAAGCAGCCAGUUUGUGCAGCUUCCUCCUCCUCAUCAUCAUAAUCAUCUCAUUUUCCCCUUCCCGACUGUUUAAAUCUGUUCAGCUUGUGUUCGUAAUGUUUCGUGCUUUGUUCAGCACCUACUCGGGAUUCAGAUAUGUGGCAUUCCUUUGUGAA